UUGGUCCGAUUGUAUAUUUGUACUCGGAAAAGCACUUUCUCUGCACUUCUUCUUCUCAAUUCUCCAUGAAAGCUCUUAUUUCUGUUCAGCUCCCUCUGUAACUACCGGGAAAGAUCACACUAUAUCCCAAUUGUACGUCGCCGUUCUGUUCUUAUUCUUCAUAUCACACAGUUAUAGGAAAUGCACUCCUGCAUUGUGGAAAAGAAAAUCAAGAAUUAAGAAAGUUUAAUUGUAUGUGAGAAAUGGGAAGGCUGUUUGUGAUCACUCUUGAGGAAAACAUGUAUAGCUGCAAGCACUGCAGAACCCAUCUCGCUCUUGUCGACGACGUAAUCUCUAAGUCUUUUUACUCCAGCUAUGGGAAGGCUUAUCUUUUCGAUAAAGUCGUGAAUGUCACACUUGGAGAGAAAGAAGAGCGGAUCAUGAUAACAGGAUUGCAUACCGUUGCCGACAUAUUUUGUGUUUCUUGUGGAUCAAAUGUGGGAUGGAAAUAUGAGGCGGCGCAUGAGAAAUCCCAGAAGUACAAGGAAGGAAAGUGCAUCCUUGAGAGAUUCCAGAUUCUCGGUCCUGAUGGAAGCAACUAGUCAAUUGCUCUCGAAGCUCAGAUUGGCGGAUGAUGAGGCUUGAUUUCCCAUCCAUUCAGGAAACUGCACUAUUAGUUUCAAUGUAAAUUCUUUGCAAUCUAUUUUCUUUGUUGAGUAGGCUUUUGCUAAUUGAUUAGAACAUGGUCAUUAUUGAAGACCAAUACAUUUGCUAAUCAAGUUCUUCAAAAAAAGUAUUAGCGUA